UGAUAUAUAUAUGAGAUAUAUUUUAUUAUUAUUAUUAUUACUAUUAUGAGAUAUAUAAAGCUAUUUUUUUAUUUAUAUGUGAUUUAUUUCCCAAAUUCCCAUCAAUAAUAACUUUGGUCUGCACAUAAACGUAAUAACUUUCCCGACUGAACAAACAUCGGUGACAAUAUCCACUUCUACCACACUAGGCACGAAGAGAGAGAGAGAGAGAGAGAGAGAGAGAGAGGGUAAUGGAGGAGGAAGGGAAGAAGGCAUUAGCGCUGCAACAACAGCAGCUACUGAUGCAGCAGAGACAACAACAGAUCCAUCUCUUACAGCGGCAGCAGCAACAGCAGGCCAUGGCCAGAUUUCCUUCCAACAUCGAUGCCCAUCUUCGCGCGCCUGGGAUGCGACCGCACCUCCUUCAGCAGCAACAUCAGCCGCUGCACCAUCAGCAACAGCAGCACCAACAGCCUCCCCCAGCGGCGGCUACAGCGGUGCCUCCGGCGGCUACGGCACCGGCAGCGCCUGGAAGGUUGCGGCCUGGAAAUUCGAUUGAGGCGGAGAUGGUGCACCAGGAUGUCAUGAAUGUCUGCAAUCCCGACUUCAAGCGCCCGUUUUCGUCCAUCGAGGAUGCAGUACUUAGGCUAUUACCCUAUCAUGUUGUGGCUGACUAUGAGGCAGAGGAAGAUGACAGGAUACUUGACAGUGAUACAACUGGCCAAAUCCCGUCUCGUCUCCAGCAAUGGGAUCACAACAUCCUCGCAAAGAUUGCGGAGCUAACCGCUACUUUCGAUAAGCAGGUCCUCGCCUUCAACAUCAUGUCCAAGAAGAGGAAUCUCGGGGAGUUCCGAUCUGAGGAGAAGCUCAUGAUAGAGCAGGCUCUUCUUCAAGAGGAGAAGCAAAUGCUGUUGAAUCUCCGCGCUGAGGUUGAGCUGCGAGAGAAAGCUGGAAGGGAAGCUGCGGCCGCAGAGGCCAGGAUGAGAAUGGCAGUAGCCCAAGCCGAGCAUGCACGAGCAGAGGCACAGGCACAAGCUGAAAUGGCUGCUCGUAUGCCGCCACGAGCCAUUCGAGCAAAUGCUGCAGCUUCGCACGGCGAUGUUGGCUCCAGCAAUGCCAUGGUGCAUCAGCAGCAGGGAGGCAGUGGGGAAGAUAUGGGUGAAGGUUGGGAGAAUAUUGUGCCAAAGGGAGAUGGAGAUGAGGACCCUUCAGAGGAUUUUUUGAAUGAUGAAAAUGAGCAAGAAAAUGGAGAUGUUGCAGGGCAAGAGUGGCAGCAUGACGCUGGGGAGCUGGACUUGAACAGUAGGUGAUCUUUUAGUUGGCAAGAUUGUAGAACUUUAAUUUAUAGAUGUUAAAAUAAUUUUUUUCUCAAGUGGCAGAUGUUAGCUAUGUAUACAAUUAAUUUGAAGAUAUGCAUUUGUAUCUCUUCAAUUUGAUGUGCUUUUCUUACAAAUGUA